AAUAUUUUGUUUGCUACGGGGUUGAAAGUCGACGACUUUGACAGUUCGCACUUUACCACUUGGAUGAAGAGCAAAUUGUAUGUGAACCACCCAUUUCGUACUGACGGCAUUCCUAAAUGGUAUAAUGUAAAGAUGGUUGUGAAAAACUCCACUAGCUCAAUGGAGCUCUUGGUGAAGGACACAAAGGCAGAAUUUAUCUUGCGAAGUGUACCAUCCGAUUUGAAGAAGUUAAUGUUAAAGGAAAAUAGAGUGCAGAUACUCAAAAAGUAUCUUUCUCAAUUUUAUGGACGCGCAUAUGUGUUUAUUAUUCAUGCUCCACAACCUAUGUACCAUGAGCAUUGUGCCUCUGUGGUAACCUUUGUGUUAACAAUUGAUUGGUCAGAAGAAUGUUUGCACAUUUCCAAAGGAAUGUCGAAGACUGACAAAGAACCAAUGAGAUCACGUGAAAACAUCAUUGUUAAAGCAUUGUGGAAUGGUCCAAUAACAUUUUAGUCAAUUUAACUUUAUUGGAUUUUUAGUACGCG